AUGAAACAGGUGGAUCAGAGCAGGCAUCUGGGGCUACCUAUGGUUAUUGGCAAAUCCAAAAGACAGGUUUUCAACUAUAUUAAGGUCAGGGUGUUGGAGAAACUUAAAGACUGGAAAGAAAAAUUGUUGAGCCAAGCUGGGAAGGAGGUCCUGUUGAAGUCUAUAAUAGUAGCUAUGCCUGCAUAUGCUAUGAACUGUUGUAGGUUGCCUAAGAGCUUAUGUCAAGAAAUGUGUAGAGAAAUGGCAAGGUUUUGGUGGGGGGAGAGUGAAGGGAGGAGGAAGACUCACUGGGUGGAAUGGGGGAAGUUGGCUACAGUUAAAGGGAAAGGGGGUUUAGGUUUCAGAGAUUUGCAGGAUUUCAAUAGUGCCAUGUUGGCUAAGAUGCUGUGGAGGAUUCUGACAUAG